AUGGAUUUCAACAUCUCCAUAAACUCCCUCGACACGUCAAACUACCUCGUCACCGUGAACCAUACCACUGGCGCCGUGACAAUCACUGGAAACGUGACUGUCACCAUCGCUCCCACCACUCCUCCUCCCGACAACAAGCAGCAGCAGCAGCAGCCUGACCAGGCUGCCGCCCAGGCAGAUCAGCCCGGCCCGGCCGAGCAGGCAUACAAGAGUCCUCCGGCUACUCCUCCCCACCAUUGA